UUAAAUGAAAAUACACAAAAGUCAGCAUCAAAGUUUUGAUUGAUAAUGUAUGAUGCUAGUAUUGAUUGUUCUCAUAGAGUUGUUACUCGGGAAGAUGACAGCAAUCAAUUCAAUACACCUGUUGGCGAGAAAACGGAUCCGAUGUGGACUCCGGGAUGUUGGAGAGGGCGGGACGACAGUAGUGAUACGGAGGAAGAAGAUACCGAUAGUACCCAAUUGGACGUGAAGUACAAUCAAGCCAUGGUGUGUUUGUCCGUUGCUGCAGGUGUAGAAAACCCCCUCUAUUAACCCAUCAAAUUAUUAACUGGGAGACGGCAUCAGAGAAGGAGAAGAAUGUUUGCAUUGAAAGAGCUUCUGAAGCUUGUAGGCUUGUUUGCAAUAUUAUUACUCCAAACAAUGGAGAGGACUUGCUAAAAUCUCUGCCGACGAAGCUUGAUCCCCAGCCAGUUCAACCAUCGAGCGACCUCAUUGCACUGAUAAAUGCAUUUUCGAAAGCACCAACGCGAACUUAAAAAUACAGAUUUUAAGCAUUUAUGCUCACGAGUAUCCUGUUAAGACACUCCAAAGAAUCCACGAACCCUACGCUAGAUUGAGUCAAUGGCAAAUAAAAAGAGCCAGGGCGCAUGCUCAGAAGUGUGGUCCUGGAGGCUCCGUCGCAAAAAAAAGUGCAGCAUCGAAUCAAUUUAGACAUGACCAAAGUAGAUCAUUUCGUGGAUUUCUUAAAUCGACCCUAUUUCCAUCAAGAUGUUGCCUAUGGGAUGAGAACUUUAAAACUGGACAAUGGGGAAACUAUUUCUAUGCCUAACGUAGUUCGUACAGUAACCAGAUCAACUAUGGUUAUGCAUUAUAACCAGCACUGCGAAAACAUCGGAUACGAGUCUCUAAGUAGAAGGACUCUAUACCGUAUUUUAGAGGUAAGAGAGGCUAGCCAACGAAAAUCGCUGCAGGGAUUAGACAAUACUGCUGCCGAAGGAUCUACAACAUUUGGAACUUUGAAGACUAUUGUUCAGCAACUGGAGCUGUUUGGAGUGGACAAGAGUUGGUGCCAAGCAUUAAACACAAAAUUGGACAAACGUAAACAAUAUUUAAAGACUGACUAUCGGGUGGAUUGUCAUGAUAGAACUAGCGGAUGCACAGACCAUUGUCGGCUCUUUGCUCUAAGCGAUCCAACUGAUGACGAUUUCAAAUCUUGUUGCGAUCAUGAACAUCUGCUGGUUUGUGAACAGUGCGAAGCUUUGGACUUGCUUCUUGCAGAGCUGAAUGAGAAAAUAACUUAUUCUAAGAGUAGCAAGUACAAUGAAGAACAGCGAGAAGAUCACCUUUAUGAUUUCAAGCAUGCCCAGAGUUGCAUAUACCAGUGGAAGGCCCAUAUUCUCAGAUCUGUCAAUCAGGAAGAAGCAAAGCAAGAAGUAAUCCACACCCUGGACGAAACAUCUAUCCUAGUAGUCAUGGAUUGGGCCAUGAAAUAUGUUCAAUGCAAACACAGAGAGAAACAAUCAGACUGGUUUGGAAAGAGAUGACUGAGUUGGCACAUUAGCACUGUUGUUUCGAAGGGCGCUGAUAAGAAGCACAUCAACGUACUAUCCUUUGCACAUCUUUUCGACUCCUGUACACAAGAUUGGUUUGCCGUGGUUUCCAUUGCUGAGGAUCUUCUUGGCAACAUCAAGUCCAUUUAUCCUUCUGUGAAAACCGUGUAUUUUCGGUCUGAUGAGGCGGGCUGCUACCACAAUAGCGAGUUAAUCGCUGCCUUAAGGGAUGUGGGAGAUCGUAAAGGGAUUGCCGUCACACAAUACGACUACUCAGAGCCUCAACAAGGAAAGGACAUCUGCGAUCGGAUAAUUUGUCCUCUAAAGUCUUCUAUCCAUACAUACUGCAAUGAAGGAAAUGACAUCCUUAGUGCAUCUGAUAUACAUGCUGCCCACACAGCUCAUCCUGUGAAAGGCACCUCGUCCUUGGUGAACCAAAUCAAUCAAUCUGUGAGUCAACUUAAAGUUAAGAAAUUGACUCACUUUAGUGCUUUUCAUAACUUUAGAUAUGAGGAUGGUGGUGUAAGAGUAUGGCAAGCACAUGGUAUCGGUAAAGGAAAGAAAUUCAAAUACACUGAAAUUUUUACUACUGACCAGGAAGACACAAGUCUUCUUGUUGAAAAGAAGUUUACUGUCAGGCAACCAUCGACGCAGCUUGUAAAAACAAGAGAAAAUGAAGAUUCGGAGAAAGAGAGUGGAUUAUUUUACUGUACCGAAGCGAAGUGCAACUACGUCUGCUCCUCGCUUGAUGAUUUAGACUUACACCAGAGUUUCGGGGAACACUGCAGGUUUUUAGAUAUGAGAUCGGCAAGAGAACACGAUGGCGAGAGACGUUUUAAAAGGGACGAAUGGCUAACCAAGACACAAAUCCAAGGGUUUUUUCCCGACUUGCAAAAGCCAGACGCAAAGGAUUGGCCUUACCAACGGAAGCAAUCGAGGAUUUUCCGAUGGAUAACGACGAAGAGGAAGCCUGUAUCAACGAGAAUCUUCUUCAAGAUAUCCAGAAAGCAAUUAAUGUUGUCCAUCCUAUUGUUUAUGACGUCUACAACCUGUGCGAACUGUACAGUGAGAGCAAACUGAACAUAUUCAAAGUUACCAUGCUGAAAGAGUUGUGCGAACACUUUGAUAUCCAAUUUAAGUCAAGGGACAAAAAAAAGGACUUAAUUCAGAAGAUCACGAGCAUGGUAGAAAGAUGCGCUUGCAACCAUUGACGUUACUGAUAUUAUCAGGGGUAUUAUACACGAUUCAUUGCUACUAUAGUACUAUUCCACAGCGCUUUUUGAACGAUGUGUUUUAUGAAAACAAAAUAAGUUGACAAAAUGAAUUAGUUGAAGUAUAAAUUUAAAUAUUUCGGAUGUGGCUUCAUCCUUGACUAGUUUUUGCAAGUAGUGCUUUGUAAAGCCGAACGCAUGUGAUGUUGUAAAGGGCCGCUGCAACGUUUGCGGUAAAACUCGGGCAGAACAGCGGAUCAAAAAAAUCUGAUCUUAUCCGACUACUAUCAAGUACGAAAAAUCGCUGAAAAUGACAGGAGAACGUCAGGUAUUUGUUAAAGAAUAACGUCUUUGUGUGCGUCCGAUUUAACAUACACCUACUCUAAAAAUGCAUUGCAGAAAAUUGUCUCAUUUAACCUUGCCUUUACUCAGUUCUACAUUUUUUUAAAAACCACCUAAAUUAAAAUGCGCUAAGUGCCAAUUUCAGUGCAUGAUAGGAUCCUAAAAGUAUACUUGUGUUUCAAUGUUUGCGUGACAUUGACUGGUUGUACAGUACAUAAUAAACAAAAUAGACCUUUCCGGUAUUACGUCACAACUGCAAAAGCUUUUGUUGGGUUUUCCCUGGGCGACAUCUGACUCGUCCCCAGUCGUCUCUGUGAGCACGUGCGAAUUGGAAAGCGCGCGCAGGGGUGGAAGGGAAGGGAGAAGCGAGGGAGACGACUGGCAUAUCCUGUUUUCAAGAUGGACACAAAAUCAAUGGCGGAUUUUCAAGAAAAUCAUUAUUUUGAAAAUAGACUGUUUCAUAAGACACGUUUCCAACUGUGCCUGUUAAAUGUUUGUAACUAUAUAUUUUGGAAGUUUCAAAUGCGUGUGUUUACAUGCCAAGGCGAGACUUUGAAAAUUAUAUUUUUGAAUUUCCGUGGCAUGACAACAGUUUGUUGCGAACGUUUUCUUGGAGAAAUUUUUACUAACCUAAAUAUAAAUCCCACUAAAAUGUAAGCUUUUUCACAAGCGUUCAAAUCAUCCGCGUUAGGGGUUUAUGUCGUUAAAUUUCUAAUUAAUAUAAGCGGUUGAAAUUCGUGCCUAAAACCAGACAUAAUAAAUUCCGACUGGAAUGUGUUUUCCGACGGCAAUUUUUACACCCUCGAUUAGGCAACGAAUUCUCGCUAAAUAUUCUAGCUACAAUAUUAUAGCUCGUACCAAAAUGUAGCUGAUUUCACCAGCUAUCUAACAAUAUGUGUAAAAUUAUUAUACCUGUAAUAUUCGCACAGAUAUUGUCGAAUAAAUGUCAUGUUUAUGUUGCAUUAAACUUUCUAAUUAUAUAUUCUGUUUUCAAAUUUUGUUUACAUUGUGUGAUUUUGACCCCCUCGUUUAGACAACGUUUUCUCGCUCAAUAUUGUAGCUACAGGAAUAUAGUUCCCGCUAAAAUGUAGGCAUUUUCACAAGCAUUGAAACCAUCUGCGUUAGGGAUGAACGUCGUUAAAUGUCGAAUUAAUAUAAGCGGUUGAAACUCGUGCCUAAAACCAGACAUAAUAUAUUCAAACUAUAUUCCGACGGCAAUUUUGACACCCUCGUUUAGGCAACAAAUCUCGCUCAAUAUUAUAGCUGCAAUACUAAAGCUCCCGCUAAAAUGUAGGUAUUUCAUGUUGUUAAAUUCCGAAUUAAUAUAAGCGGUUGAAACUCGCGUAAUAUAACAAAAAUAGCCUUGACCAGAGUUUCGACUGAUAUUCCAGAGUUUCGACACAGGAUCUGCCAGUCGUCUCCCUCGUUUCGCACGUGCCCGUUUCGCGCGUCCUCACAGAGACGACUGGGGACGAGUCAGGGGCGACAUUUUUUGCAAGUGUUUACCGUGAUUCAAUUUUAUAUGUUUAAUAUCAUAUAUUUAAAUAUCUUGUAAGAUAAACAACGAAAUCUAAUUUAGUACUAUGACAUUAUCGAUUUGUUUUGAGAGAAGGGCAAUGAGAAAAUGUUAUUUGGCAGAACUACAGUGCAUUUUUAGCAGUGACAUGAACUCAGACAUCUGAUUCAGCAACAUUCUAAUGUAAACAAAAGGCCAUAAAUAGUAUCAAAUUUCAAACGCUCUCAAUUGUUCAAAUCGCGUUUGCAGAAGAGUUUAUUACGGUUUUUAGUACUUCAAAGUGUCCUUUUUCCAACUACACUAGUCACUGUAUGUAAUUAGGUCCCACUUUUAAGAAAUUUAGCAUAGAAAAUAGUAGGAUUUGAAAGCCGUAUUUUGACAUGGGGCUCUUUGUCGCUAAAUAUUGUCGCAAAUACUCUGUAAUUGAAAACCUAAGUUAGUUUAGAUGAAAUUACGAUAGUUUUCCGGUACUGGGUGUGAAUAUCAGACAUUUUGAACAAAAACUUUUGAAAUUAUGUUUACUUAAAUUCAGCCCAUUUUUUUCGUUUAAUUAGCCGGCGAAUUUCUCCUGCGACGGUGCGAGACCAAAAAAUCACUAAAACUUUGAAACUAAAUAUAUUUUCAAAAUUCCAAACAGCAUUUGUUUGUUGUUAAAGUAAAUGUAGUUCACGGUAAAAGUUUCGAAGAAAUUUAUUUUUCGAACCCCAAGUCAGUGGGCGGUUUUUAGAGACGCACGCUCUUAAUAAAAACUGCAUGAAAUUCGAAAAAAAUAUCGGGGAAAAAAAUUCGAAAAAUAAAAAAAAUCCUAAAAAAUCGUUAUAAAUCCUAAUAUAUGCUUUUCUUUAUGCAGAACAUGUCUCGCUCCCUAGUAGCAGAUGCUAAUCCUCAAGUUGUAGCUGAAAAUGCAAGUAUUGAAGAUAUCAACAUUGACCACGUUGCAUGUAAUGUCGCCCUUAAUCACAAGGAAACUGCAAAUACAACCAAUACCUUUACUGGCAACACAGUACAGCUGUCAACAGAUAAGGGGCGAAGCUGGCUCUGUGAAGCAUGGAACUUUCUGGUAAUAUGCUGGAACCCUGUAAUCAUAUUGACGCUGUUCUCUAAUGGGCUGAAACAAAGGUUGUGCAACUAUUUCUCCGCACAUGGACACGUCGUCCUACUGUCAGGAGAGCAGGCUGAUCACCUGAUUCGUGGUUGGAAUAAACCAGUGCCCACCAUGGUCCUUCUCGCCGCACUGAUCGACUCGGGUGUUGACUUUGUCAGAAUAAUCUCGUUUGGGAUGAAGCAAAAGUUGGAUUACAUUCCCUAUCAUUGA